AUGAGUGCUGAAGAACUCCGCUUGAAGUCAAUCGGUGUUGACGGCAAAGAGGUUCCAAAACUUCUCAAGAACAAGAAAAUCAUGGAAAGAAUCAUGACAGCUAUUGAAGCUGCUCAUAUUCCAGCUGAAGGAUGCCCAUCUUCAAUGGGAACACUUAUCAUCAAGCUUUGCGGUGGUGACGUUCCAAAUUCAAAUGCUAUUGCUGAAUUAAUCGGUGCUUCUAAGAUUACUACACCAGAACAACUUGCUGCUGCUACAGAAUUCGUUCAGGCCAACACAACAUUCACACCAGCACAGCUCGAAGCUGCUGCAGGUGUUGGCGUUACAGUCACAGAAGAAGAUGUUAAGGCUGCAGUCGCUAAGACAAUCGAUGAUUCAAUCGAUUUCAUCGCCGAGAAGGGAACAAAGGCUGCUCUUUCCGAAAUCAUGAAGCGCGCCAAGGUUGCUACUCCACAGAUGAAGUUCGCUCCAUCCAAGCUCGUUGUUGACGCUGUUAGAGCUGCUCUCAAUGGUCUUAACGAAGAAACAAUCAAAUCCCGUGCUGCUGCCAAGCACCAACAAGCUGCUCAGGCUACCGAUGAUUCCAACGAAGAAAAGAUCGAUUUCCGUGGUAUCGUCGCCAGCUUCCCAUCUCCACAGGAUAACGCCAUGCAGAACCCACCAGAGAUCCAGCAGAAGCACUUAGAGGCUACAGGUGGUCUCUACAUGACACGUUUCCCACCAGAGCCAAAUGGCUGGAUCCACAUCGGCCACGCCAAGGCUAUGAUUCUCGAUUUUGGCCUUGCAGCUACAAAGGGCGGCCACUGCUACAUGCGUUUCGAUGAUACCAACCCAGGUAAGGAGAAAGUUGAGUUCAUCGAAGGCAUCAAGAAGGAUGUUCACUGGCUUGGCUUCGAUUACUGGAAGAUCACCCACACAUCCGACUACUUCGACAUUCUCUACCAGUUCGCUCUCAAGCUCAUCGAUGAAGGCCUUGCUUAUGUCGACCACCAGACAAAGGAGGAAGUCAAGGAGUACCGUGAGAAGCUCAUGCCAUCCCCAUGGCGUGAUCGUGAUCCAAAGGAGUCCCGCCGUCUCUUCGAGCUCAUGAGAUGCGGCUACUACGAACCAUCCGAGGCCACACUUCGUCUCAAGAUGGACUACAAGAACGUCAAUCCAAACAUGCGUGACCAGGUUGCCUACAGAAUCAAAUACCACGAGCACCCACACACAGGUGACAAGUGGUGCAUCUAUCCAACAUACGACUACAGCCACUGUGUCAUUGACUCACUCGAGAACAUCACACACUCACUCUGCACACUCGAGUUCCAGAACAGAAGAGACUCAUACUACUGGGUUCUUGACGCUCUCAAGAUCUACAAGCCAGUUGUUUGGGAAUUCUCUCGCCUCAACCUCACAAACACAGUCAUGUCAAAGCGCAAACUCCAGACACUUGUCUACAACAACUACGUCAAUGGCUGGGAUGAUCCACGUAUGCCAACAAUUGCAGGCAUGAGACGCCGUGGUUACACACCAGCAGCCAUCAGAGAGUUCUGCCAGUCUGUUGGUUACACACGUAAUGUCACAACACUCAUCAACAUCGACUCACUCGAUUCAAUCCAGCGCGCUGAUCUCGAUGAGAACUCACCACGUGCAUUCUGCGUCCAAGACCCAAUCAAGGUCACACUCCAGAACCUCAAGGAGGAGAAGAUCAUCGAAGCUCCACUCUUCCCGAAGAAGCCAGAGAAGGGCAACAGAAAGCUCCACCUCUCAAAGACAAUCUACAUCGAACGUGAAGAUUUCAUGGAGAACCCAACAGAUGACUUCAUGAGAUUGACACCAAAGAACGAUGUCGGAUUGAACUACGCAAAGAUCGCCAUCAAGGUUGUCAACGUCAUUCACGACGAGACAGGAAAGGUCACAGAGUUGGUUUGCGAUGUCGAGGAAGAACCAGCUAAGCGCAAUGGCCGUAAGUUCAUCCAUUGGCUCGGUGCUGAUGCAGUUCCAGCUGAACUCCGCAUCUACGGACACCUCUUCAGUGUCGCUGAUACAUCUAAGAUCGAAGGCGAAUGGACAGACGCCCUCAACAAGGAAUCCCUCAAGGUCAUCAAGGGUGCCCUCGUAGAAGGAACAAUCGCUGGUGCAAAGCCACAUGAUAGAUUCCAGUUCGAGAGAAAGGGCUACUUCUGCGUAGAUGAUGAUUCAAAGACAGGAGCUCUCAUCUUCAACCGUACUCUCCCACUUAACAAGUAA